AGUGGCACAGCCAGGAGAGUUUGGAGGUGAGGAAUUGGAGGCAGUGAGAAGUGUCUCUGUAAAGGAGAACAGAGGUGGGUACAGAGGAUGUUUGCUGCUGAUAUGAAUGAUCCAUGUGGAGGCUGAAAUUGACCAUGUUGGAGGGGAGGCUGAGAACCAAAGUCUGAGUUCAUGAGAAGGAUCCCGAGGCCCAUGUUGAGGGGUUGACCUUUCCCAGUAACAUGAUACCAAUAAUCCUAACUAUUUUGAGGAAGAUUACUCCUAGACUCAGCUUCUCUCCCACAUGCCCCCUGCUGGCCUCCAGAGGCCUGCUGGGCAGCUCUCUGUAACGCCCCACCCCGACCCCUGCUAAAGGGUGGCCUCCCUGUAGGAAGCUGCUGCACGGGCCCAGCCCUUCCCGCUCCGUGUCCUUGGGGCACCAGAGAUUUUAUGUGCUCAGGAACUAGGAUAGCAAGUAAGGGCAGCCCUGCAGUCAGGAACUAGAGCCCAGGCUGGCUGGGCAGUUCGAUCGAUACACAUCAGCGAUUUUCCACCCAAAUUUGACUGCCUCCAUCCUGAUCCUAAGCCUACAAGGCCCUGUCCCAGGGUCUUUGCUCAUCACUCUCUCCCUGCGAUCACCACACACACCAGCCUCCUUUAGGCUCUCACGUACUGAAUGUUCUUGCCUUCUUCACCUUCUCUCCCUUCUCUACCUGGCUAAGUCUUGCAUAGCCUCCUGAAUCAGGAGCUAGAGAGGGCUGUCUGAGAGGUGACUGCUAACAGCCCCAACUAGAUGAGGCCCUCUCGUUCGCUCAUCCUCCAACACUGGAUGCUGCCUCUUCGGUAGCGCUGUUCCUAUGUAUAAUGUGUUUUUUUGGUGCAGUGUCUGUAUUCCAUGCUAGGCUGGAACCUUCAUGACGGUAGUCUAGUUUACUGGUUAUUUCCAGGGCCUGGCAUACAGUAGGUGCUCACUAAUUAUUUGCUGACAGAGGAAAUGAAUCGCUGACUAUAGUAUAGCCUACUUGGUAUUUCUCUGGCUCAUACAUGCUGUGUUCAGCACUUUAUUCUCCUCGACACACAUUUUACUACAGAUUCUUGAAGCUUUCCUGAUCAGCUGCAUGGUUACUUUCAUCUUGGUUUGAAGUAGGAUGGCUGGUUUGGUUUUAUGUGAACCAACAGAGCUUUACAACAUCUUGAAUCAGGUCACAAAACUAUCCCGACUGACUGAACCCAACUAUCUCUGCUUAUUGGAUGUGCGUUCCAAACGGGAGUAUGACGAAAGCCAUGUGAUUACAGCCCGUCGAGUGAAGAAGAGGGCAAAUGAGUAUCUUCUCCCGGAGUCUGUGGAUCUGGAGUGCGUGAAAUACUGUGUGGUGUAUGAUAACAACACCAGCACCCUGGAGAUCGCCUUAGGAGGGGAGGACAGGGACAGCACCGAGGACAGGAGACACGAACUGGUGCCUGGAGCUGCCGUGGAGUGUGGCAGGGCGCUGGCCCACCUCACCCACCACCCCAUCUGCAUCCUGAAAGGAGGCUAUGAACGCUUCUCGGCCACGUACCACUUCCUCCGGACACAGAAGAUCAUCUGGAUGCCACAGGUCAGCAUUUCCCGUGGAACACUCGCACAAGAAAGGGACCUCCAAACAGAUCAUAUUGGAAACAACAGUUUAUACAACGAACUGGAUGCCUUUCAGCCCUACCCUGUUGAAAUCAUCCCAGGCAAGAUCUACCUGGGCAAUUUCAGGCAAGCCUGCGACCCGAAAAUUCAGAAGGAUUUGAAAAUCAAAGCACAUGUCAAUGUCUCCAUGGAGACAGGGCCAUUUUUUGUAGAUGACAGUGACAAACUUCUGCACAUCAAGAUUGAAGAUUCCCUGGAAGCCAACAUUUUCCCCUUUUUACGGCACCUCUGUCACUUCCUCGAAAUUCACCUCCGGCUUGGCUCGGUCAUCCUGGUCUUUUCCACCCUGGGCAUCAGUCGCAGCUGUGCGGCCGCCUUGGCCUUCCUCAUGCACUGGAAGGAGCAGACCUUGAAGCGUUCAUUCAGGCUUCUCAAUGGAGGCGCAUUUUGGUUAUUGCUUGGAGCCAGAGAACUACGACCCUGUCAGGGCUCCAAGGGCACCUACUCCAACAGUCUUGACCGGGACCGGAGAAGGGGGUGGAGACCUGUCACCGCAAACCCCGUUCGACCAGCGCUUGUGAGGCCGAGGGCAGUGCCUUCCCACAGCACGAGGAGAUGGCGGCCUGCCCCGAGGGGAGGCACAGCUUUUGCAUGACUUCAGAGGGCUUCGGUGGGACCCGAAAAGCUCCCAAGUAUGCCCAGGGCUGUGCUUGAAGGAAGGGGGGAGGGUCAGAGAAUGACCAUGGUCAGAGCCCAUUGCCAGCGGUUUAGGAUGUUGGCUCCACAUGCUCUUUGGGGGUGAAAUUGCCAGCUAGAAAGAGU